AUGCCAAAGGGUAGCAGUAAAUAUAUGAUAGACCCGAUAAGCGUGAAGACCGCGUGCACCAGUGAUGAGUCGUACAUUCGAUGCGUUGAGUAUGGGAAGGGCAAGGCGCAUUACCCGAAUUUGUCGCUGCUGGCUAAGGCCAUCCUGGCUGGUAUUUUCGUCGGCGUCUGUGCGCACGCCUCAGGGAUAGCAGGCGGCCACUUUUACUACUACAAGCUGCGAGAACACGUAGGCAUCUCGAUGAGCGCGUUCGUAUACGGAUUCACCUUCCCAAUAGCAUUCCUGUGUAUCAUCGCGACUGGAUCGGACCUGUUCACAGGGAACACCCUAGCUGUGACAACAGCGUUGCUGCAAAGGAAAAUUAGCCUCCUGGAGUAUCUACGAGUAAUGAGCAUAUCGCUUUCUGGAAAUUACAUGGGAGCAGUAUCCUUUGCCUUCUUCGUUUCACAUCUAUCAGGGGCCUUCGAGAAGCAUGCAGAAGAUAGCAAGAAUCACAUUUUCCAAUUUUUAAAUGACAUAGCAGAGAAGAAAGUGAAUCACACGUUUAUUCAAUGCAUCUGUCUAGCGAUUGGUUGCAAUAUCUUUGUUUGUCUAGCUGUAUAUUUUGUAUUAACAAUAAAGGAUGGGUCCGGGAUGGUCUUCAGCGUAUUCUUCGCUGUUUACGCCUUCGCUAUUGCAGGAUACGAGCAUAUCAUAGCUAAUAUGUAUACGCUCAACCUCGCCCUCAUGGCUAAGACCAACGUCACGUGGUCCAGUGUUUACCUCAAUAAUUUGCUACCCACUCUGAUUGGGAACUAUAUUGCCGGAGCGCUUGUUCUCGCGUGCCCGCUGUUCUUCAUUUAUCGCCAUAGCUACACGGACUACGAAAAGACACGUGGCGAUGGGAGCAACUUUGGUUUGAAGAGGUAG